UCCUCAGCCCCAGACCAGUCCCCUGCUGGGUGAGCCGCCCCUGCCCUUCUCCCACCACCGGCCACACUCAUCCUCUCACCAUGGAUGACAUCUAUAAAGCAGCGGUGGAGCAACUGACUGAAGAGCAGAAAAAUGAGUUCAAGGCUGCCUUUGACAUCUUCGUUCUGGGCGCUGAGGAUGGCUGCAUCAGCACCAAGGAGCUGGGCAAGGUGAUGCGAAUGCUGGGCCAGAACCCCACUCCCGAGGAGCUGCAGGAGAUGAUCGACGAGGUGGAUGAGGAUGGCAGCGGUACAGUGGAUUUUGACGAGUUCCUGGUCAUGAUGGUUCGAUGUAUGAAGGACGACAGCAAAGGGAAGUCUGAGGAGGAGUUGUCUGACCUCUUCCGAAUGUUCGACAAGAAUGGCGACGGUUACAUUGACUUGGAGGAGCUGAAGACGAUGCUUCAGGCCACAGGGGAGACCAUCACGGAGGAUGACAUCGAGGAACUCAUGAAGGACGGGGACAAGAACAACGAUGGCCGGAUCGACUAUGAUGAGUUCUUGGAGUUCAUGAAGGGCGUGGAAUAGACAAGACCCUGCCGAAGCCGUGAACAUGCGCCCUUCCCUCGCUUUUCUCCCCUCCCCUUCUGGCCGGGCCCCUGGCACACCUGUGGACACAGUCAGUGGCCGGGCCAGCCAGAGGACUGUGGGAUGGUGGGCUCUCCGUGGCGCUGCCCAGAAACAACAGUGUCGGCCACGCCCAGAGCCUCCUCCCCGCGCCUGUGCCCUUUGGGGCCUGCUGCCCGCCCCUCUGAACUCUACAAUGGCGGGACCCACUGAGCCACAGGGCACCAAGCUAGUCCUUCGGCUACCCCUGCACCGAGAUCGCUUCCUUCCCCUUCCCCAUCCCUGCGCUUCGCCUCCCCCAGGCCUGGAGAAUGUCGGGCCUUGGAUGAGUGAGAUCUGGAAUAAUGCAAAUAAAGUGGUUGUGGAGGA